CAUGAAGUAGCAACCUUGAGAGACGAGCAUAUUCCCCGGGAUUUCGGAUCUCUAUGACUUCUAACUUUCCCUUCUUAUAGAAGUUAAAAGAUUUUUGAGAAGGUGAAAGGAGAAUGCUCUGGCACGAUACAAAACUGUAAAUUAAUAAGAACAAACUCAACCAUGUCACCUAGGCAACCAAGCACCCUACCAUGGCUCAAAAAUCCACGUCGAGCCAUUACAGUAGAGGUUGUCAUAUUCCUAUACAUUGCCGCAGUUCUCCUGGAGAAUCCUAUAAUGCAACAGUACCUGUACGAAAGAGCUAGGAUGGAUUCCCCUUUCAAAAAUGAUACAAAUGAAACUGUCUGUGGUGGCCCAAAAUAUCUUAACGACACUAAAAGGGCAGCUUCAGACGUACCAAUUCAACAGAAAGCAUCUAAGUAUAUUCUUGGAGUAAAUCUUGCACUGACACUCCCUGCCGUGGUCAUGGCUUGCUUCUUGGGCCCAUGGUCAGACACAAGGGGUCGCAAGCCACUCAUGAUUAUUGUAUCAGUGACGGCAUCUUUAGAUGCAGCUGUUGUCUUGAUAACCAUGUAUAUGAAGUGGCCGGUCUAUGUCUUCAUGAUUGCUAGUGGUAUUGGUGGAUUAGGUGGUUACUACCCUACGAUGGUGGCAGCAUUACUAGCCUAUGCAGCAGACACGACAUCACCAGAAUCAAGAGCAAUAAAACUUGGCAUCCUAGAAGCACUAGCCUUCCUUGGCGGCACUUUGAGUCAAUUUGCUAGUGGAUUCUGGGUAGAAAACCUUGGCUACACUGCUACAUUUUGGAUGAUCCUGUCAUUCCAUGUCCUUAACCUUCUCUACAUCAUAUUCCUUCUACCAGAGUCAUUACUGACACCAUCUGUGCCGAAACGCAAACCAUGUUGCUUGAGUUUUGAAAACAUCAAACCUGUGAUAACUGUGUACACAAAAAAGAGAAAAGGACGUUGGAUUCUUUUUACAUUACUUCUACUCUCUGUUAUAUUCUUGCUUGCGCAGUUUAUCAUCACCACACUAGUUGUUUUGUACACCAAGAAUUCUCCUCUUUGUUGGACUGCUACUCUCAUCGGUUAUUAUCUAGGGACUCUUUUGUUUUCCAAGGCUUUUGGUGCAGUCGUUGGUAUAUGGGCAUGUUCAAAGUUAAAGUUGUCAAACUACUCGUCAGCACAGUUUGGAACAGUYUUUCUCAUUGGUAACCUUGUUAUGCUUGGGUUUUCUAAAACUACACUUCUUAUGUUUUUGUCCUGUAUUGUUGGGGUAUUUAGUGGCAUUCCAAGGCCCUGUUUAGGAGCACAACUAUCCCAAAUGAUUGAUCAAGAAGAACAAGGUGCAUUAUUUUCUGUUUUUGCAUCCCUGGAAAGCCUGUGCAAUUUUAGCAGCCAGUUAAUAUUUAAUCCUUUAUAUGCCUGGUCUAUUGAAGCAGUACAUUGGGAAUAUGCAGCAGGACUUCCGUUUAUGAUAAAUGCCGGUCUUGCCAUCAUUCCUCUAGUAUUAUUAAGUGUAAUAAAACACUACGCAGACAAGUCCACAGGGGAACGUGAACCACUUCUACCAAAGGAAGAUCCAGUUGCCUAAAACUGUGGGCCAAGACUUGAUUAACUGAUGGUAAUUUUUUUUUUCCGAAAUAGGUGGCAGAUAUUUACCAAUUUCAAUAAUUUAAUGAAGAAAAUAUCGGCUGUCAGAGAUUUCUCUUGAUCUUUCUUGCAUUCAAUUAAUAUAGUUAUUUAUAGUAGAUGAUUAAAUCAUACAAAUUGUAAUUGUACAUAGUUUCGAUACGAUGAUUUUUAAAGUAAAUAAUUUAAUGUUUUUUAAGCACCAAAAAGAACAAAUUUAAUGUUAAUUUAAUUGAGUGUGGGUUGGCAGGCACAUCCCUCAAAAGUCUCCAUCAAGUAUUAAUGUACGAAAUAUGUUUUAUUUGUUUAUUUUAAUUCAAACAUUUCUUUAUAAAAGUACAAAUAUAAAAUGGUUAUUUAUAACAUUUUUCAAUAUUAUGCCUUUUAUUUUUUUCUGCUGUCAAUCACAUAUUUAAACAGUCAAUACCUUUUACAUUUUUGAUUAACAGCAAUAAAAAAACAAAUUAUAAUGGCCAACUAGCAUGUACUGAGUUCUCAUAAUAUUAAAAAUUGAAGGAAUCAUAAUUUUCUAGUCAAAUAUCAAGAGGUACUGUAGUAUUUUUGAAAGUUUGAAUAUUUUUCUCAGGAUGUUUUGUAAAAAUAACACAAAUUUCGUAAUAAAGUGAAAAAUUCAAACAAUUGAUAUCAAUAUUACAGCAUUACAAUAUUUAAUAUCAUGCAACAUUUGCUGUUUUAACUUUUAUAAUGCUUGCAAGCUUAUUUACAAUACUACGGAUCUCACCGUACUGUGGCAACACGUCAAAAAUUUGUCUCGCUACUACACCCUAAUUUGUCCACAUGUAUUAUGGUAAAUACCUUACUGGCAAUGUGCUAGAUCCGAGACAGUGACAAAAGUAGGCGUGUCAGUAGACAAAUUUUGGUGACAGUUUGGUGAGAUCCGUAGUAUUUACUAGGCGUAAUCAGAGCUUAAAAUAACGGCCAGUCAUCAGACAAUGUCCUGCCAGAAUUGGAUCUUGUCCAGUCAAAUCUUUGCCUCGCUGGUCAUUUUGACCAGUAACAUUGAGAGCCAGAACAAGAUAUGACCAAGCUAAAACUAAUUUCACCAGUGAUCAUGAUUGGCAAUUAUCUUAAGCCCUGGGUGUAGUGUUAUCACAUUUUAGUCCAUAAGACAUUUCCAUUAUCUUGAAUAUUAUUUCUGUACAUUCCACUAAAACUUCCAAGGGCUGACUUUCCCAUUUUGCCUAGACCCUGCUAGAUGGCAAUUUAAAGUCUUAAGUGAUACAUCAUUGUUCUGCAUCAUCACAUGUUACACAAAGACAUACUUAAAGCAGAUUUAUUGUGUAAUAUGAUACUUUUGUUUGACACACACAGCAUCAAUCGUUAGAAUCACCAAUACCAUCAGCAUUAAUAGCAAACAUUGCUUCUGACUCAGGCAAGCAAGGGGAGUCAUAGAUUUUACAAAUUCUUGUCUCUCCUCUACCUUUUCUGAAAUAGAGCCUGAGAAAAAUUUAAGACAAAAUAAAAAUUAGUCAAUCAAAAUAUUUAAUGAUAACGAUGGUAACAUAUUAAACUGACAAGAAUGAA